AUGGCAUGUUCAAUUGCACUCUUUGUAGCUAUUAUAGCUCUUAUCAUGUGUUUCCUGGUUGUCGGAUUAAUUGUCAUGGCUUCUCGACUGUGUAAAAAGCAGCAACGUAAGAAAUGUCCUCGAGUGGUGAUUUCGUUUCGGCCUCAGCCUGGAUCCUCCUCGAUCUUAAAUUCUCCCUUUCGGCCUCCUACCAGUGGACCGCCUUACACGGCUACCACUUUACCGCUAAAAGAAGCAAAGUACAACGUUCCCCUACGUCUAUGUCCCACGCCAGGCAUUCAAUUUGAUGGCUAUUCGACUCGAACUGGCCCUAAAUCUUUUUGUAUGUCGACUGUGCCAUUUGUGGAUGCAUGGUUACUGUUGUCUAAUGUCAUUUUCUUUAGUUCAGAUGAAAUCAUCAAUAUGCAAACAAAAAUCAGAUCUCUGAAAUGCUAUGUCUGGAGCACACUCUGUGGUUGUGAAACUUGGACAAUCAGCAAAGCAAUGGAGAAAGGAUUAAUUGCUACAGAAAUGUGGUUUCUGAGACGGAUGCUAAUGACAUGGAUGAAAAAGCCAAUGUCAAAAUCUGACAAGGCACCCAUCGACGACGACGAACCUUAA